CCCAUACCAUCCCCGCUAAGUUAUAGCUCGGGCCCGUACCCGCAGACUGGUCUCUGCUCCUCACGCUCUUUACGCCCCUCUCAGCGAUGUCCAGCAGCCCCCGUCCGUCGACCAGCUCCGCUUCUUCCGGGCGUAGUUCGCCCGUGCACGGCUUCGAUUCUUCCGCGGCCCUAAUCCUCGUCCCGGACACCGAAGACUCCGCAGCGAACACACCGUUCAGUAUCUCCAGCGACGACGAGUACGACUCCGACGACGACAGCGGCGUCGGGGGCACCGCCGAUCGCCUCCAGGCCUCCGCCUUCCCGCCCCUGUCCUCCGUCUCUGUCUUCCUCUACCUCCUGUCGCCCUUCCUCAAGCUCGGAGCGCUCCUGCUACCGAAUGCAGACCUCCCGCUGAAGGUUGCGAUACCGGCGCUGCUGUUCUUUGCCGGUUUGGCGGCGUUCACGCGCCAGAUAUGGUACAUGCUUGCGAGAUACAUCCGGCGGGCAGACCUCGAGGAGAUCAUGCUCGAGACUUUUGCGCGGGAUCGGAGGAAGGAGGGGCGGAGGUGGGCUCUCAGGCAGGUCGUCCGCCUGGCGUCGGGCGUGUUCCGAGUCUUGUUGGCUGCGGUGUAUGUGCGAGCAUCAGUGGAUGUCCUAUUGCCAUUCCUACCGGACAAGCUCGCUCUACCAUCAGAUAUCAUGGUGACUAUUGUGGUCGCCAUCAUGCUCGCUCCGCUAUAUUUCGCGCAGUCACUUGGUGUCGCUCGCGUUAUAUAUGCUACCUGGGCAUCCGUAGCCGCCUACGUCGCAUGGUUUAUAUGCACGGCAUAUUCCCAUUCGCAGGGCAUGCUGGCUGAACGCGGCGUCCCUGCAUCGACAGGCACGCUGUGGCAAGGCGUAUCUAUGAUCGCGUUCGCCUUCACUACCACCUCUACCAGUCCGCUGUAUACUGCCCUUCGUGGCACGACGCAGCCAAUGAGCCCACGCCCCCGGCGAUCUCAGUCAUUCAAACUACUCUCCGCAUUGUCCGUAGGGAUCGCGGUGCUGUGUGUAUUACCACUUGUGUUUUUCCAGUCGACUGAUUUGCCAGCGUCGCAGGAGAGACCCAUUCAACCCCCGGAUGCGCUAGCCACGACGCCCGAAAAUGUCCUCGCUGCACGAGCGCUGUUCGAGACAGCCGCUCUCAUGCUCUCUGUACCAUCCGUCCUCAUCCCAACUCCCGCUCUGCCCAUCCCCUCUUCCAUCCGCCGUGCCAUCCGCGUCCCCUUCUCUCGAGUCCUCCUAUACGUCGCUGCGAUCGGCCUAUCGCUGGUCCCGUCACCUCUUGCGCGAGCCCUCAGCGACGCCGUCUGGAUGCUCGCUUUCCUGAGCACGUACAUGCUUCCGGCGCUUCUCCACAUCAUCCUGCACAACCUCCGCAGCCCGCUCUCAAUCAUCAUCCCGCCGAGCACGCCCGUUACGGCGAUGUCGAGCCCUGGCAUGCCGAGCGCGCGGUCGGACGUGAGCGACUCACGGAACGACGAGCUCCUGCAGAGAAAGGAGCGCACCCUGCAGCGGAGGCGGCUUGGGCGGAGGUUGGUCUGGGACUUUGGCGUGUGGAUGUUGUUGGUGCCUGUCGGUGGAGGCGGGACGGUGUGGGCUGCUGGGAGGCUCGCGAACAAGUGGUAGGCCGAGGAGUGUAUGGAAACAAGCAAAUGAAUGUCGUCUUGGAUAGUAGUUGCGUCUAGAACGUGCUCUAUCUUGGCUUAGGGUUUACGGUGUCGUUUGUUGUAUGAUAAGUGUGUACCUACAUAUCUCUGUCUUCUUACCGUUGUAACUACAAAGAAGUAAAAUCUAGGCUCGCUACAC